CCCUGCCUGACUGUUCAGUCUUCCCCCCUCCCCCACCAGCCGUGCUCCUGUUUCACUCAAAGAUGGCGUCGGCUCUAGAGCCCCUGGUCUCUGGCUGCAUUUUUUGGGCUUGUUGUUGUCUUCGUUUCGCACGGUUUUGGCACCUUCUCCUCGGCGGCUCGAUACCAAAUUCCGUUUUCAUCAGCUACUGAAGUGCAAUAGGCAUGAAGGUGAUCGGUCCUGGCUGCUCCCUGUGGUGAGAUAUCUGUUCCGUCCCAGAGCUGAGAAGCUCAGACUGCUGGAAGAGCGAAAGGGAGCAAACGUGAACAAGCGAAAAUAAGGAGAUGUGGAUUGAGAGGAAAACUCACAAUCUUCUGGAGUGAUAUAAUUAUCAGAAACCUUUGUGCAAUUGUCCUCGCGUUUAUCACUGAAACACAAUUUUCAUGUCCCGGAGAGUCUGAGCAGAGGAGACUGCUGUUAUUGGCAGUCCUUGUUUUUGUUUUUUCUUUUUUUUUCCCGGGGGGCGUCUAAACAGGAAACGCCUACAUUUUGUGAAAAGCCAAAUCAAAAUCUGCCCUGCCCAACCUUGGGUACUGUGGGAGUAUAAGUUGGUAAUAGAUCUGAAGCUUCUUCUGCUCCCCCUGCCUCUUGCCAGGGAUCUUCACCUGGCUGGAAGUGGGUGGUGGGUGGACCAGAUUUUCACCAGGUGGAGGGUUGGCUCAGGGGGGUUGUGCUAUGAUCAGCUGCUCCUUUUCGUGCUGCUUAUACUCAGCUUCUGAGGGACUCUCUGUGCGACCCCAGGACAAGGGAUAGUAAGCUGGUAGAGGGCAAAAGGGAGGAGGAGGCGGCGGCGCUACGGCGCAAGCCAAGUGUUUACUUGGCUUACAGUCUCUACUUUUUUGUGUGUGUGGUCCUCGCGGUAAGGCCCCAGUGCUGCUGCACCCACCCAGACAGCAGCCAUGGUGAAACUGGCAAACCCAUUGUACACCCAAUGGAUUCUAGAGGCCAUCAAGAAGGUAAAGAAGCAGAAGCAGCGACCAUCAGAGGAGCGCAUUUGCAAUGCGGUCUCUAUGUCCCAUGGCCUGGACCGCAAAACAGUUCUGGAGCAGUUAGAGCUUAGUGUCAAGGAUGGUACCAUACUCAAGGUUACCAACAAAGGUCUCAACUCCUACAAGGACCCAGAUAACCCUGGGCGCUUGGCCCUGCCCAAGCCCAAAGGUGUUGGCAGCUCCAGUGGCAGCGGAGGCGGCAGCUCCGGUGGAGGAGGAGGUGGAGGAGCAGGUGGUGGCAGCAGCAGUGGAGGGAGCAGCUCUCACUCGCAUUCGGGGAAGAAACCGGGUCUCGACUGGAACAAAUUAAUUAAGCGGGCACUAGAGGGGCUCCACGAGCCGGGUGGCUCCAGCUUAAAGAACAUCGAACGCUUCCUCAAGUGUCAGGCUGAUGUGGCAGCGUACCUGUCGGGUAGCGGCUCCAUGGGGCCGGGCCUCUUCCACCAGCAGCUGAGGGUAGCCCUCAAGAGAGCCGUGGCCCACGGGCGCGUGGCCAAACAGGGUCCACUGUUCCAGCUCCUCAGCCGUAGCAGCAACCAGGAUGAUGGGACCGGCACGGUGUCUCUGGAAUCGCUGCCCCCGGUCCGGUUGCUGCCACACGAGAAAGACAAGCCGGUGGCGGAGCCCAUCCCCAUCUGCAGCUUCUGUUUGGGGACCAAGGAGCAGAAUCGCGAUAAGAAGCCAGAGGAGCUCAUCUCCUGCGCCGACUGUGGCAACAGCGGUGAGUGCCGCCUACAAGACUCUAUUCAGGUUUUACGAUUGUCAUUAUUUUGUGUCUCUCUGCAGGACAACAUGUUGUUCUGCGACUCCUGUGACCGGGGCUUCCACAUGGAGUGCUGUGAUCCUCCUCUCACGCGGAUGCCAAAAGGCAUGUGGAUUUGUCAAAUCUGCCAACCAAGGAAAAAGGGAAAGAAGCUUUUACAUGAAAAGGCUGCGCAAAUCAAACGGCGCUACAACGCACCGCUGGGACGGCCCAAGAACAGGCCGGGGCGGCCCUUUAAGAAGCUGGGAGGGCGCGGUCGGCGGAAGCGCUCGGCCUCAGCAAACUCUUCCUCCAGCUCCUCCUGCGAAGGUUACCCCGGAGACGACAGGCUGCUUUUUUCCAUGCGGGAGGACGGCGACCUGUCACACAGCAGCCUGCGCUUCAACAACAAGACCAAGGGCCUCAUCGACGCCCUCACAAAGUUCUUCACGCCAUCUCCCGAGGGCCGCAAGGCACGGCAGGAAGUGGUGGACUACUCACAGCAGUGCCGCAUCCGAAAGAAAGCCAGUCGCAAAGGCGAAGGAGAUGACAGAGACAAUCAGGAAGGCAGCGACUGGCGUGACGAAGAUGACAAACUGCCCGGCCACGAGAACCUGACGGAAAAAGACAUCGAGCUGUUCAGACACAUCCAGGAGCUGGCACUACAGAAAGUCGGCGUGACGGGUCCGCCAGACCCUCAAAUGCGCUGCCCGUCAGUCAUUGAAUUUGGCAAGUAUGAAAUCCAGACGUGGUAUUCGUCUCCGUACCCGCAGGAGUACAGCAGGGAGAAGCACUGUCAACAGAAAUACAACGUAUCAUGCAUCAUGAUUCUUCCACAGUACCAGCGCAAGGGCUAUGGGCGUUUUCUCAUCGACUUCAGCUACUUGCUGUCAAAGCGAGAGGGACAGCCAGGAUCUCCGGAGAAGCCUCUGUCGGACUUAGGUCGGCUCUCUUACAUGGCCUACUGGCGUAGCGUGGUGCUGGAGUGUCUCCACGAGCUCCGCGACCGGCAGAUCACCAUACGACAGCUCAGCAAACUGACGGGGAUCUGCCCCCAGGACAUCACCACCACCCUGCAUAGCCUCAACAUGCUGGAGCAGCGGGGAGACCGACUCAUCCUGAUGCGAAGGGAGAAGCUGGUGGCCAACCACAUGGCUCGUCUAAAGGCCCGGCCACGACAGCUGGAGGUCGACCCCGAGUGUCUCCGCUGGACUCCUGUCAUAGUAACCAACACCGUGGUCUCUGAUGCUGAUGGAGAUGAUGACGAUGAUGAUGACGAGGAGGAGGAGGAGGAGGAACCAAAGGAAGAGACUCGCAAGGAGAUUAAGCCGAGUCACAAGGUCCCACAGAUGUCCUGGCAUGUGCGGCAAGGGAAGAAGGAUGAAGAAGAGGAGGAGGAAAGGAAGACCUUUCUAGGAUUUCCGAUUGGCCAAAGCUCUCCAAUUCCCCCUCCAGUCCGAUGCCCACCGCCUGUACCAGAACCACCACGACCCCCUCCGCCAACAAACGGCGAACGCAGGCCACGAGGGCGCCCGCCCAAAAACUGGCCUUGGGGUAAGGUGAAGGACAGCGCGCGGGUGGGACGGCCACCCAAAAUCCGUCCAGUAGAGGAUGAAGAUGAUGAGGACGAGGACAGGUCAGAGGGGGUAAAAACCACAGGCGCUGUCAACAGCCCGCCCUCCCUUUUCUCCUUGGACAGACAAGCGGACACGACAGCCUUUCACACACUCGACAUGAGCAGGCACCCUUCCAUAACCCCCACGAGACGAGGCCGGCCACCGAGGAAAAAGAGAGGCCCGAAGCCCAGACUGAUAGAAGGUCCCGGAGAGGGUCACCCACAGCUUCCUGUGAUUCCCAGGCUGAGCGAGUCUUCUCCCGUCAGGAAGAGCCGCUUCAGUGAAAGCAGCGAAGAAGAAGAGGAUGACGACGAUGAAGAUGACGAAGAGAGGGGAUGCUCCCCUCCUAUGCUCACCAAGUCAGGGCUCAAAUGCAAGAAGCCCAUGAGGAAGCGCCGCUUUCGCCCGCGCAGCCACCCUCACAGCAGCGUGGUGACUGAGACCAUUUCGGAGACCACGGAGGUGUUGGAUGAGCCUUUUGUAGACUCUGACUCAGAGAGGCCUAUGCCCAGGCUGGAGGAGGAGACUCCACUGGGUCACCCGCUGCGCCGCUACCCCCAACCGCAGUCCGCUCUGAGGUUGUCUGACCCUGCGCCAAAGAGGGGCCGACUCUCCAACCUCACAGAUUCGGAGGAAGAUGAGCUAACAACUAUGCCGAAGUCUGUAGCUGCUUUGACAGCAACCCCAUCAGAGACCCUUGGGGCCAACCCUGAAGUCCCAGUCAAAAAGAAGAAAGGCUGGCCCAAAGGAAAGAGCCGCAAACCACAGCACUGGAAGAAAAGAGGCAAGCCACCUGGCACAGGACCCAACCAGAGAGCAGCUGCAGACGGCCAGGCCCAAAGUGGGAAUCCUCAGCAACCCAAAAUCAAGAUGAAGCCUGGUCGCAAGCCCCGGAGCUGGUACUUGCAGCGGGCCCAGGAGGAGGCGGACAGGCAGGAGCAGGAAAGACAAAGGUUGCUAGAGCAGCAGCAGAUGGACAAAGUUCCUCAGCUGCUGCAGACGGAUGACCGGAACAGCAAGCAAGUCUGCAGAACUAACACGGACAGAGACGUCAAACAAAAAGACUCUGACGAAGAAGAUGACUAUCUCCCUAAGCCCGUUGAACAAAAGAUGCCCCGAAAGCGGGGGAGACCGCCCAAGAACCGCCAGCCACCACAGCCUACCCCCAAACCACCUCCCACCUCUGACCCGGAAGAAGAGGAGGAAGAUGAUGAGGAGGACAUCGAGCGAGCCUGGGAAGAGGACAAACCUAGCCGGCCACCAUCCCGUCCACUGCUUUCCCCUUCUUCCUCUUCUUCCACCUCAGGGCCCCGGGCCCCGCAGUCCCGGCCUCAGGACACAGAUAUGGGUGACAGAGAGGAAGACGACGAUGAUGAGGAAAGGGAGGAAGAGGAGUGUGGCAGCACAGGCAGCAGUGGCGGUAGCGUGAACAGGCGAGCGGCGGUCACGCCGGGUUCAGGAAGCCGGCGAAGUGACGACCACGAUGCAGACGAUGAGGGUGACGGACACUUAGAAGACAAGAGCAGCAGCAGCAAAAAGAGAAAAAGUCCGGACUCUGAAGACGAAGACGACGAUGAAGACGAGGAGGAGGAGUCUGCCUCGCACGCAAACUCGCCUCCAGUCAAAGAAGAACCCCCAGGUGUAGAGCCUUUUUUAGGCAUGGAGAACAGCGUGGCCCAGGAGUACGUCAGCAAACAGGAGGAGGAAGAGGAGGAGGAGGAGGCUGAGGAAAGGGUGCAGGAGACCAAGUGCCGGCCCCCCUCAGCAGACCCUCACCCCAGCCUCACAUCUUCCACAGGAAAUGCCGCAUCCCAGCUAGCGAUGGGCAGCUGUAGCCUCAUUCAGCAAACAGGACCAGUGCCCAACAGUGGACCAGGUGCCAGCAACGUGGGCAGUGCUGUGCCCCAGCCCCCGCCGCCCCCACCGCCAUCCAACACCCCCAGCUGUGGCAUUAAGUCUCCUCAGAGCUGUGGUGUGAUUGAGAGGCCUCCCAGCACCAACCAGCAGCAGCAGCAGCAGCAAUCAACAAAAAAGGUUCCUCAACAGCAGCAACAAGCGCCCAACCCUCAGCCUCCACCCUCGGCCCCGCCACCGCCACCACAGCAGGCCUUGUCCCAGUGCAGCAUGGGCAAUGGCUUUGCCUCCACGCCCAUGAUCAUGGAGAUUCCAGAGAGCGGAGGUGGAGGAGGGGGCCGCACCCUGUAUGAGCGCAUGGGUCAGGACUUUGGUACGGGGGGCUACCCCCAGCCCUCGGCAACAUUCAGCCUGGCCAAACUCCAGCAGCUCACCAACACCAUCAUGGAGCCCCACGGCAUGCCCUACUCUCACUCCGCCGCUGUUACCUCCUAUGCCACUAGUGUUUCUCUCUCCAAUCCUGGGCUGGCCCCUUCACCCCACACUGCCCUUCCUCAGGGGCAGCCCACUAUGACCCCACCUCCUAACCUUAGCUCUGGCUCCAUGAACCUGGGCUCUCUGCAGCUGCAAUGCAACAUGCCCACGACCAACAUCGGCCUAGGACCUCCACCGCACACGCAGCGGCUGCAGGGCCAGAUGACUACCGUCAAAGGCCACAUUUCCAUUCGGUCCAAAGCCACUCAGCAGCUGGCCCCGGCCCCGCACCAGCAGCAGCUCUAUAGCCGCAGCUCGGGGACUGUGGCCAUGCAGGGUACGCCGCGCACCUUGGCCGUGCAGCGCGGCAUGAUGCCAAACCUCAUGCCCACGGCACCGUAUAAUUCUAUGAACAUGACGACUCUGAACCCCAUGUCAGCCAGCUACCGAAUGGCUCAGCCUAUGAUGAACAGUGGCUAUCACAGCAACCCCGCAUACAUGAAUCAGCCAGCUCAGUACCCAAUGCAGAUGCAGGUGGGCAUGAUGGGAGGGCAGGGCUACCCACAGCAGCCUAUGCAGCCCAAUCACCACGGGAACAUGAUGUACACUGGCCCCUCCCAUCACAGCUAUCCAAAACAGCCACAUUACAUGAGCAGAUGAGCAGCCAAGAAGUGAAAAAAGGAGACAGAAAGGGGCCAGAGCGUAUGCUCGCUGUACUCUAAAUGUCCAUUAGUCCUGUUCACCCUCUCCAGUGCCUCAGAGGCACCAGUGGAGUGAAGGUGAUGGGGACAGAGAGGGUCUUUGGGUUUCCUGUUUUUUGUUUUUGUUUUUUCUGUGUUGUCAUUUUGUCCCUUUUUUUAUUUGGGCUCGUCUCCCCCUCCCCUCCCAGCUGGCUGUGUAUGGGAGUAUUUGGGCAGGAUUUGGUGUGUACGUGGACCUCGGCCGUGCCGUGGCGCUUCAGGCCAGGCCAGCACACAGGCCCAGGAGUCCACUCCUCCUCUCGACACUGAGGAGGACAGUAAGGAACGACGAAGUAUGACGAGGAAAAGUCCACAGAAAAGUCCACAAGGUACAGGAGUACCUGGCCUGGUCAGACUGUGAACGGUGGUUACUGAGUAUAUUCAACCAUGCACACAAUCUUUUAAUAUAGGAAGCCUUACCUUGAAAAAAGAGACGAUGAAACAUUGCAGGCGGACUGUUGUUUUAUGUUAAACAUACUGUUGACCUUAUUUUUGUUGUUGUUUUUGUUUGUUUGUUUGUUUUUUUUAAUACGUGUGUGCAGUCCGACCUCCUUACAUGCUUUGAUCUUUAUACGCGCGGCAUUCUGAAACGGUGAUUACACCCUCUUGCUCUCUCAGAAAUGCCCAAACAUCUCCGGCGCCGCUCGGCCCCACGGCUUUUCGUGAGUUCCAGAAGAGCACAGUGGAGCAGGGCCUCGGGUGUUUGAGGUGUUUGACUGUUUUCCAGAGUCUCUGUCUUCCUGGAUGGACAGUGUUGUACCAAAAACACAGCAAAGACACAGAAGAGACUAGCGUGUUACUGUCAUAUUAUAUAUCCAUAAAUGAAACAAGUAGCAUUAUUUUCCAGUUUGCCGCGACUCUGAAACAUUUCGAUGUAAAUAUUCUGGUACUUCCCAAUAUUCAGCACACACACACAUACAAACACACACACACACAUAUAUAUAUAUAUACAUAUAUAUAUAAAUACAAACACACACUGACUAGCUGUCUCCAGUUGAUGGCUAGCUCAGGAAACAUUCAACUGUUUUUGUCCACACUCCACUGACAGAUGGUAUACAAUGUCAGCCUUUUUUUUUAGCAGCUUAGGGAAUGCAGAACAAACGGUGGGAUUUCCAUGUAACUACUUUAAGGAAAGUCGGUUAACUAUAGGUGACCUCGCAUCCUUAAGUGUUAGUGACCCAAAGAGGUCGAGGAGUCUGCUUCUGAAUGGUGUGUUUUUUGUAAAAUUAGUUUUUUCCUUUGGGGGUUUUUUUAAUCUUGUUUUUGUUAUUGUUGUUGUUUCUGUGCUCCCAUUGGCUAAAAAUGUGGCAGCGGACGGUUAGCCUUUGUGAAGGUGUGCCUGAAUGCUCGAUCUAGCGCGAGGUUUGGCCCUGGGAUUGUAGCUCGGUUAUAGAAGCAGGGUCGGAGGCAAGGAGGUCCCGUAGGGUCGUGGUUGACUUUGUUGGGCCGCGUAUCGGUAUUCUUAGUCAAAAGAGGAGUUUUCAUUUGUCAUACAGACCUGGCAUACAAACUUUCUUUGUGUGUAUUCUGUUCUGUAUUUACUUUUUUUUGUUUCAUUUCUUUUCUGAAUUUUGUCAGACUGGGCAGCUUUCUUUUAUGACACAAGCUGACUCUUUUUGACUUUAGAAACCUAUUGUAGAGAAAAUGUUUUUUCUAUAAUAUAAAAGGAAAUUCUGACAUUGAUAUUGGUACUGUCAUUUUUUUCACUUCUGUUUCAGGAAACGACAAAAAAAACAUAUUUUUUAGCUCGCCUCUUGGGUAAUAAUUACUAAGAAACUCAAAAUUUAAAAAAAUUACCACUCACUUUUAGUGACUUUAAGAUGCCUUUAACCUCUCCAUUCCAUCUCAUCUCUAGAGUUUUUCUAUCUUUGUGUAGUAUAUUAAUGCUAUUUUAAACAAAAGGACUACAAAUAUCUAAAGGUUACUCGGCAUUCUUUUUGUUUUCUUUCUUUUUUGUUUUUUUUACUUCUGUGUGUGCAUAGGAUGACUUCCUUACAUUUAAGAGGCAUGUAAAAAUGAGCUCAGUAUAUUUCUGUCUGUUUAUAUUGCUUCCCUUUUUGUAUCCUUUGUAAUUGUACAUGUUGCGUUGUAUGCUAAGAGAGAGCGCAAAAUAAAAAGAGGGUGGGGGGACGGGACAGCUGGGCACACAGUGAAGGUUGAUUUGAGCUCAGCUGCCUCAACUCUCGACUCUGUCCCUGUAUGUAUUUCCAUUUUUUUCCAUUUUGUUUUUCUUUCUUAGCAAGUACUUUCAAAGAACUCUGUACAUUUUAACAUAAAAUGAAAAUAAAUUAUGUUGAGCCAUU